CUAAUAUAGGGGUUAAGGACAGUUUACUUUCCCCUCCGGAAGUUUGAAAAGCAGCUGGCCAUUUUUAAACCGAUUUGCUGCUCAAAAAGUGGCGCUGAUUACUUCUCAGGGAUCAAGAAAAGGACAUUCCAGACAUUCUUUCCAUGCGUUAGCGUUGAAUAGUCGCUGUGUUACUAUAUAUUUUCUGUAUUAAUUGAAUUUUUUUUUUAAAUUUUGAAAUAAAAUUCACAAUUUCAAAAUGCCGAGAGUGUGUUUUUCUACAGGAUGUAACACCGGGUAUGUGAAACAACGAAGAGAAGCAAUAAAAGAUGGGAAAAAAGUACCCAGUCUUUUUCAAGCACCAAGGGAUAUUGGUUUACUAGAUAAGUGGAAGAGAUCUAUUCCACGAAGUGAUCGAGAAUUAACUUCCAAGGACUUUGUUUGUGCUUUACACUUCAAAACAAGUGAAAUUGAAACUCAUUAUGAAGUGAAAUUGGCCGAUGGCUCAAUAUGGAAAACUGAAAGGGAUAGACCUCUAUUAAAGAAGGAUGCUGUACCUUCUAUUUUUCCCAAUCUUCCUCAUUAUUUGUCUGAUUCCACAAGUGUUAGAAAGCCACCAUCCAAAAGAGCUCGAUUGGAAACAUUGCCAGUAAAUUUGGUGCGGAUAUCUUCAGUAACUGGUAAUUUUACAUUUUGCUUAACUUGCUCUGGAUACUUGCAAGGCACUUACAGAGCACGCAAAACUGGUGUUUGCAAGGAAUGCCUUACCAUUCAGAAGAAAAAGAUGACAGAAAGGCUUCAAAGUGUUGUUGCUGCUCGAAAGCAAUGUGCUCUGUCACCAAAGGAUGCUUUUCAUAAAGCUAUGGAGAAUCUUCCUGAGGGACAGAGGGAAGCCAUUUCAGCAUGUUUAAGAGCAGCAAAAAGUCCGUCUACUGGCAUGCGAUACACAAGCCAGUGGAUUUAUGAGUGCCUGUUACUCAAAAUUAAGAGCACUAAAGCGUAUAAUCACCUAAGAAGUCACCAACUUUUGAAGCUCCCAUCACCUGCAACUCUUUACAGGUAUUUAAAGAAUGUUAAGGGUUGCUAUGGAUUUCAAUCUUCGAUAUUCAAAUGCCUGGAAGGGAAAUCUAAAGUCAUGACUAUGGCAAACAAAAGGGGCAAGUGAAUUUUUUAUUAGUACUUUUGCUUUUGCAGGAAUUCAUAAAACAUUUUAUUUAAAUGUAAUUUUAUUU